AUGCUCUCGAAAUUGAGUUUUUUUCAGGAAUUCUUGAAAGUAGUGGAAUAUGUGGCUCCUAUGGUAGAGAAUCUUGAUAUACACACAGAACGUCGUCUCCUUCGUAAUCUUGAAAAACGCCAGAUGCAGUUGAAUAAGGAAUAUUUGCAGGAGUUCGAGAAGGUGAACGCACAUGUACAAGAUUUCGCUGAGAAAGUCCGUACUAUGCACAGAAUAUGUUCCGACCUAACAAAUCGCAUACAGCAAAACAAAGAAAAGACGCAGGAUCUUCUCAGUAAAACCAGCGCUUUGCAAAACCAAAAAAAACGUUUGGAAUCGAAGCAAAAGGCUAUAGAUGAUUUCCUUGGACGAUUUUCGCUCAACGAGAGCGAGAAAAGAGCGCUUGAGGGGAACACGAACGAUGGAACCAUUACAAGUGACUUUUUCCCUGCUCUCGCUCGUGCACGCGAUAUCUACACCGACAGCAAGGAGCUUCUCCGUAGCAGUGGCGAACACUCAGCUGCGUAA